UUAGAAGUACGAGUCACUGCAGGGUGUGGGGCUCGAGCACAGAUAGUCGACGCGAAGGUUUAGGGGCGGAGUUAUUCAGUUACGUCACUCUAUCCUUCAGGCUGUGUUUUAUGUCAGCUGGACUUCUCUUGCUACCCGCCCGAAGAGUUGUGUGUUUUUGUUGUUUUUUUUCUCUUGGGUUUCUUUUUUUUUCUUGGCUCAAGUGAGGCUCGACUUGAAUGAAAGUUUAUCAAGUUGGAGAUUUGCUUAAAAGUGGUUGGCAAUCAUGGGACUGCAUCCCCUGGAGUUUAGUGACUGCUACCUGGAUAGCCCUUGGUUCAGGGAAAGGUUAAGAGCUCAUGAGCAAGAGUUGGACAGGACGAAUAAAUUUAUCAAGGAACUGUUGAAAGAUGGAAAAGCGCUGAUUGCUGCAGAAAAAAAUCUAUCAGUAGCUCAGCGGAAGUUUGCACAUUCACUUAGUGAUUUUACAUUUGAGUUUAUUGGUGAUGCAGAGACUGAUGAUGAAAGAUGCAUAGAUGAGUCACUGCAGGAAUUUGCUAUAUUCUUAAAAACCCUUGAAGAACAAAGAGAGCUGAUGGCACUUAACUUUGGAGAGAUAUUAAUCAAACCAUUAGAAAAAUUUAGAAAGGAACAACUGGGAGCUGUCAAGGAAGAGAAGAAGAAAUAUGAUAAAGAGACAGAGAAGUACUACAGUUCCCUUGAGAAACACUUAAACUUGUCUGCAAAGAAGAAAGAGACUUUUCUCCAAGAGGCAGAUGUACUGAUUGAACAGAUUCGACAUCACUUCCACGAAGUGUCUCUUGAAUAUGUUUGUAAGAUGCAAGAAAUCCAAGAACGUAAGAAAUUUGAGUUUGUGGAACCACUGCUGGCUUUCUUUCAAGGAAUUUUCACAUCCUAUCAUCAAGGUUAUGACUUGACCAAAGACUUCAAUCACUACAAAACUCAGCUGCAAAUCAACAUUCAAAAUACAAGAAACCGCUUUGAAGGUACCAGGUCUGAGGUACUAGAGCUUAUGAAAAAAAUCAGAAAAUCCCCAGAGGAACAUAAAAAAGCAAGUCCUUUUGCAAUUGAAGAUUAUGUUUAUAUCCAGGAAAAACGGCCUGCUCCAUUUGGCUCCAGUUGGGUGAAGCAUUAUUGCAUGUACAAGAAGGAUGGUAAAAAGUUAACCAUGGUACCAUUUGACCAGAGGUCUGGAGGAAAGAUUGGAGAGAUGGAUUGUCUUACUCUUAAGUCAUGUGUCAAAAAAAAUACAGAUGCGAUUGACAAGCGUUUUUGUCUGGAAAUAGAAGUUGCAGACAGACCUAGUACUGUCAUCACUGUGCAAGCCUUCUCAGAAGAUGCCAGAAAGUUAUGGAUGGAAGCCUUGGAUGGAAAAGAGCAAGAAAGUGCACCAAGCAGAAGCAGUAUGAGAAGAGAAGGACAUGCACAGUUGGACAACCUUGGAUUUACCAUAUUAAGAAAAUGCAUUAGUGCUGUGGAAAACAGAGGUAUAAGUGAGCAGGGGUUAUACAGAGUUGGAGGAGUCAGUUCAAAAAUUCAGCGGCUUCUGAAUUUACUAAUGGAUGAAAAGACCUGCUCUGAAGUGAAUUUGGAAAAUCCAGACGACUGGGAAAUCAAAACAAUUACUAGUGUUUUGAAACAAUAUUUAAGAAGCCUUCCUGAACCCCUGAUGACUCACAGAUUAUAUCGUGAAUUCAUCAUGCCUGUCAAAAGUGGUGAUCCGGAAUCACGAAUCAAUAAUAUCCAUUUCUUGGUUCAUACACUGCCAGAAAAGAACAGAGAGAUGUUGGACAUACUGAUAAAGCAUUUAGUCAAUGUCUCAAAUAAUGCAAAAAAGAAUCUCAUGACAGUAGCAAACUUGGGAGUGGUGUUUGGGCCAACACUGAUGAGGCCACAAGAAGAAACGGUUGCUGCUAUAAUGGAUCUCAAGUUCCAGAAUAUUGUUGUGGAAAUCCUAAUAGAAAACUAUGAAAAGAUCUUUAAAACAAUGCCAAGUGAAACCAAUCCUCAGCCUAUUUCCCCGCCGCAUGCUCCUCCACGGCAGUCUCGGAGACAGAAGAAUAAACGGCCCCUUGCUGUUUAUAACCUGACUCUCAGCCUGGAAAAUGACAAGACUAAGGAAUGGAAAUGGGAGUACAGAACUGAGAUAACAAGGAGAAACAAGCAGAGGGUAGAACACAAGCUGUCCAAGCUUUUACCUUCUACUAAGCUGCUUAACUCUGACAAGGACAACAGAACCACAGAAAGAUUGGAUAAGAAGGUGUACACUGCUGCUACUCUGACAUUUAGGGCUGUGAAUUACCAGACCCAUAUGACCAGUUCUGUGGUUCAUUUUCCAGUUGAGGUGCCUUCUCUGCAGAGGUUGCAUGCCUUCCUUAUAUCUUCUUGCUUUUUCAGUGUACAUCAAGUUUCCUCCUACAUUCCACAGACAUGCAGUGCAAACCAGGCUUCUUCAACUGCAUCUUGGAUGAAUCCACAGAUUCCAUCCACACCUACCUCACCAGCUUCACCUGCCUUCUUCUCUAGUGCCACAACAACAGAAGAUUGCAAGUUAACACCAAGUUUCAAAACAAAAAGAGCAAGAGCAGUGUUCCCUUGUAAAGCUGAGCACAACUCUGAAUUAUCCUUUGCAAUAGGAGCUAUAUUUGAAGAUGUCCACUUCUCAAGGGAACCAGGAUGGUUGGAAGGAACACUUGAUGGCAAAACUGGACUUAUACCAGAGAAUUAUGUUGAGUUUCUUUAGUGAAGCAACUUUACAAUCUACAGCAUGUACAUGGUAUCCAUGGACUUUCUUUACUCACCUUGUUGUGACUCUAUUGAUGAAAACUGUCACUUGGACUGAGAUAACCUGUGGUAUUAAAUCCUUUGUAAGGACAGAACCUGCUGCCAAGAACCAUCCAACAUUAUUUUAUGUGCCUUUAGUGAUAGUCAUUGUACACUGAUGAUGGAGGAGGGUACAGCAGUUUGACAAAGGAAGUACUCCAGGAAAACUGACACCACAUGCCUGCAUUGUAAAAAAGUUUUUAAUGUAAAUGGACUACAGGUGCUGUAUUUAACAAAAAAAGUUCUUAGAUUAUUUUCAUAAAACAGAACGCUUUAAGAAUUCAGAAGAGAAUAAUUCUGCCUUUAGUCACCAUUGUACAGAACCAUGAACAUUUCAGCACUGUUUGGUCUUUAAUCAAAAGAGUAGAGACUGAACAGAAGUUAGUACAUACCACUGCUGCAUGAUAUACCAUAGCAGCAUAUAACGAUUGUCUUCCUUACCAUCAUCCUUUGACCUUCUUUAUCCUGACACACAGAAACGAUGCUUUGGUGUGAUAAAAGAAAUGUUGCAAUGUAAGCUUUCAAGUGCAUCACAGUUUAUUUUAAUUAAUUAAUUUCUGCCUCUCUUUUUAUGCUGGAAAUUCAGUUUGUCUUUCAAGCUGCUGUUUCUGAAUCCAGAGGCUUUUUAAAGCAUCUUUGUAGUUACGAAAAUGUGCCAGUGUCUUUGCAAAUUAUGUCUGUUUGCUUUCAGUGUGGCCAUGUGUGCAUGCAAGUUUUUUUCAGUGGCCCAGUGGACAGUAAGUUAAUCAUGUGCUCCACUGCUGAAUACAUGUCAGGAAGGGAAUCAUUGAAGUCCAGUAACUGUUGUGAUUUGUGUUUCCUGUGUUGCCACCAAAAUUUUGUCUGCUGUGAGUUUCUUGUUUUCUCAGAUGCUGAUACCUAAAAUAAAAAGGUUGAAGAAGGUGCAGAAAGUCAGUCUUGUUAUUACCUGUACAGUGUAUUGGUGGCUCCUUUUUAGCAUAGUCUUUGGCAAUUUAAAAGGCUGUUUUGAUGCAGGAUAUCAUGGGAGGUAUUUCCUAAUGUGGACACUGAUGAGCAAAAUUCUAAACUGUCGUCAGCUGUAAGUGUUAUAUUGGAUUGGAGGAGGAUGGUAUUUAAGAAGUUAGAUCACUGAUGUGCCCUGAAUGUCAUCAAGCUGGAAAGGACACCUCAGAUGACAGAACCUCUGUUUAGUUGGCACAAGAGGACCCAACUCUGUUAUUAGGCAGUUAUACGAUGUUAUUGGCUUUACUAAUAUAAAGAAGGUGUAGAAGUGUGAAAAUUCAUUAAAAUUUUUUGAAAUCAUAGAACACUUCCUUACCAAGAGUCAUUACUUCUCUCCUUUUGUACAUAAAAAACAGUCAUAGAAAGUUCCAGCUCCUCCAAUCAGCUCCUUUCCACUGCUUUUCUGUGGUAGCCAAUUCAGGUCACAUACCAAAAUACAUUUUUUGGUCCCCUCGGACCUCCGUGUUACCUGCCUAGCCCCCAGUACCCAAUGUCCAUACUAGAUCUACCAGCUACUCUUCAACUCCCUGAACUUGAUGUGUAUUUGCUGGGGAAGGUCAUGGAUCCUGAAAAUGUCCUGGUGCUUAGCUAAGCUGUGCUUCCAUGUGGUGGAAAUUUUGUUUAGGAUCUACCCAUUCCAUUUGCCUACCCCCUAGGGAGUGUAUUAAUGAGCACCUCCCACCUGGGAUGGGGGCGACCAUCCCUUCCCUGUGCCUAAGCCACUGAUCAGAACCAGGUAGGCUGGACUGUAGUCAGGGUUUUAUCCUGCUAUGCCACCGAGCAGUUUCACAUACUGAAAUAUUAAUCUCUGUGUACACUACAUGAAAGGACUACAUAGAACGUACUGGAUGGCCUUAGAGAAUAGGCUAAUUUCACAUGUUAAAUAUCAUCUGUAGAUUUAAGCUUAACUAUUUCAGAUUUCUAUAAUGGUGCAAGUAUACAGA